AUGAAAGACGUUUUUGCCAGCCGCAUCGAAACGACCAAGUCGUUGGUCAAGGCUUGUGAAAAACUGAAAUUAAAAGCUUUCAUCAAUGCGUCUGCUGUCGGAGUGGUACUGGCCAAAGAUUCCAAUUUUAUCAAAUCCUUAUACCCAAGCCAUCGACUCGGUCUUGGCGGGGCCCUCGGUACCGGGCGGCAGUGGAUCUCUUGGAUUCAUUUGGACGAUGUGGUGCGCAUUGUACAAUUCCUUUUGGAACCGAAUUGUUCCGUCCCUGUGGGACCGGUGAAUGCCACCUCACCGAACGCGGUUCGUCAGGCCGCUUUGUCCCGUUGCUUGAGCGAGGCUAUUGGGGCGCCUCGACUUCCGUUCGGUGCGCCGCCCGCCCCGGCGUUUGUGUUCCGUGCGCUUUUGGGAUCCGAUCGAGCCACCCUGGUUCUAGAUGGCCAGCGCGUCAUACCCAAAAAGUUACUUGAUGCCCGUUUCCAGUUUCGAUACACACGACUGGAAGACGCGUUGCAAGCUAUCUUCGGUCGCAAACCGUCGCCUCCCGCAUACGACUGA